AUGGAAGCGGAGCCCGAAAACCAGCCCGGUGCUCGUUCUACUCUAUCACCACGAGCGAACAAGUCCGAUCCCAAGCAGAGCUUACAGCACAUUCUUACUUCGUCAGAGCCUCUCGUCAAGACCAAACAUAGGCCCGAUGAUCAGCUGACUCCUAGCGAGCCUGUGAAGCCUGAGACCCCCUCGAAACAGCCAAUCAUAUGGAUUGAUGGAGAUUCAGGACAAGUCGAUGAAAGGGACAAGGACGAGCCAGCGAGUGUUCAGAACGACUCUUACACUCGCGCAGCCGAAUUCAACCCGUCACACACCAUGACCGUCGCCCAUACUCGACGAAAUGCCAAUGGCACCAUCGGCUCUGUGUAUUCGGGAAACAAGAUACGGCAUUUAAAGAAAGAAGAUGGCAUACCUCUUUGGCGGAAAGAUAUACAAUUGAAUUUUCUCGAAUGUGUUUUCGAAGAUAACACUCUGGUCUUUACCAAAGCUUACGAUGGAACGACGGGGCAUACAUUCGCCGACAUCUACGUUGAUGCUAUGGCACGAAGUAGCAAAACAAGCAAGAUACUCAAAGAGAAGCUGCUGGCUGAUCGUGGAGCUGCUAUGCACAUGGCUAUGGUUUGCUUGUUAGUCAACGUGGGCAGAAUGAAUACGACGCUGAAUUUCUUUCCCGAAAUGCGCGCUCAAUUGCGGACAUACCACUCGAUACCUUCACUUCAAGCUAAUCAAGAUCCCAAUGCAUACAAACAGCUUCAAGAUGCUCCCCGCCUCAAAUCAAUCCUCAAGGGCGCUUCCGAAGACGCGAACCAGCCGGGUACAAUUGACAAGAUCAAAGCGCUUCCCAUUCCUCGUACUAAUCCUGUGAACCUCAUCUUCGUCCUCUCUCAAUAUGCUCCUAAAAUAUCAGAAAUCCAUUUCCAUCCGCCGAGAGAUUUUUUCGACCUCGUCAUGCGAUCCACGCUGAGCAGCAAGAGCAGAGCAAGAUGUUUUCUAUGGCUUAUUUGGUUCUACCUCGAGAGCGAUUUUUCCGAAGAGGCGGCUCUGAAGAAUCCAUUUGGGCCAGGGCAGCACGGACCUGAGACGGGCGGCUUGCCGCUCAAAGUUCCUCCAUUCGAGCACUUGACGGAGGCCCAAGCGGAGGCGGAAAACGUUGACACCGAAGAUGAAAAGACCUAUGGGGAGGUGAAGAGGCAGGAAAGGAUCCGCAUCUUACAGGAGGAUGAGACGGUGGGUCCUCCCAUGAAAAAGGCCAAGAAAAAUCCAACGACUGACGAACUGGGUGUCAUUGCAAUCUCGGAUAACGACCCCACCCGCACGCCGUCUCCCACCUCAGCUUUACAAUACAAGCCGCUUGCCAUGGCCUACGACGGCCCUAGCGUAGACAUGAAUGGAGAAGCAGGGGUCCCCUUAUUUGGCCGAUUCCCACCUCCAAAUAGGUCAGAUCCACAGCGUCUGGUCCUCAAAACGCGGAUGGACCCUCAUUCGUCGUCUCCUGUUCCUCCUGGUUCUGGUCACCCAAUUUUGUAUAGUGCAGCUUCUAAUGGGAUGAGUUCACGACGUCCACGCCCAGAAACCUCUCAUCAAAAGGCGGUCAAUAUCAACAGAAAGAUGCGGAUCGAUCACAUCUUACACAAGCAAAUAUUAGCGGAGCAUGACGAGGCUCGACGGGAAAAGAGAAGGGUCAACAGCUCCUUUGGGAUGAUGGUCAUGAAGCGUGUCAGGAAUCUACCGGACAUGUAUGAUACUGACGACGAAUGUUCAUGGGGACCUGGAGGCAUAAUGCCAAAUCCCAACGAAGCUGAAGACUUUGGUGAGGAAGCGCUGGCUUACAAGAAGGCCAUCGAUAGGGCAGUCAGGAGACUGUACAGAGAAGAGAAUAGGGGAGCUUUGGGUGGUUUGAUGGAGGGAUAUCGAAAGCGGAAGAGGAAGUCACGGGGUUAUGCUGACGAUGAAGAAAAAGACAGCCGUUCGAGGAAACGGAGGAGGGACGGUAGUAGCCCGGGUAUGAGGGCAGAUGGAAGCCGCGACGAAGAAAAGCCUGACGAUGAUCUUGACGAUCUGGAUCGCGCUUUACUCGGCGAAGGCGGAGACGACGAUCAGGAUGAAGAGGACAGCGAUGACAGUGAAGGAGAGGAGGGUGACAUAACAGAAGAAGAUAUUUACGAACGAGGCCCAGGGGUCAGCAUUGUCUAG